AUGGAGAACGAACUGCCUACCGACAAAGAAGAGGACUCGUCUCCGACUAGUGACCCAGAAAGCGCACCUGGAAGUAGUCAUGAAUUGGAUUGGGAAGACGACCCUCGCAAUCCAUACAACUGGAGUGAUGGAAAACGACUAUAUCAUACCGUUUGUGUUUCUCUCUACGCGUUUACCGUCACGUACAUGUCUUCAGCCUACGCACCAGGAGCAAAAGCAACAGGACAACAAUUUCACGUAUCCGAAACGGUUUCCCUCCUCGGCAUCUCACUCUUUUGCCUCGGCUUGGCCUUUGGACCGAUGAUAGGUGCACCGCUUAGCGAGACAGCAGGACGAUUGAUUGUGUACCGCCUGGGGCUGCCCAUUGCCACCCUCUUUCUCAUAGGUGCUGCUACAUCAAAGAACAUUGCCGCCGAGGUCAUUUGCCGCUUCUUUGCCGGCGUCUUUGGAAGCCCGGCAUUGAGCGUUGGCGGGGGUACAAUGGCAGAUAUGUGGCCUCCUGCACGUCGUGGACCGGCGACGGCUCUCUUUGUUAUGGCCCCCUUUAUGGGACCCUGUAUUGCUCCAAUAAUCGGCGGGUUUGUCGUGGAAAGACUCAACUGGCGGUGGCUCGAAUGGGUCUCCGUCUUCUGGGGUGUCGCGACCUGUGUCUUUGCCAUCGGCAUGAAGGAAACAUACAAAAAGAAAAUCCUCGAGCGCGACAAUAAAGAUAAGAUCAAAGAGAAGCUGCUUUCCAAGAAGAAGAUGCCCUCGUUGAGCUGGGGCGCGGUGCACAAAUGGGUGACCGAAUCGCUGGUGAGACCUAUGCAUCUUCUCUUCACCGAGCCCAUCGUCCUGUUCUUGAGCUUGUACAUUGGCUUCGACUUUGCCGUUCUCUACGCGUUCUUUGCAUCUCUUCCCUUGGUCUUCCAGAAGACGUAUGGGUUUAAUUCUCACCAGAACGGGCUUGUCUUUAUCUCUCUGGGUGUUGGCACACUGAUUGCAACUAUGACCAACGUUCUUUGUGACCGCUUCAUAUAUCAGAGGAAGGCCAUUGAGGCACGCGAAAGGGGAGAUGUGGGCCAUCUGCCACCUGAGCAGCGCCUUUAUCCAGCUAUGAUGGGAAGUUUGGGAGUCGCCGUUGGCCUUUUCUGGUUUGCCUGGACAGCUCGCUCAGAUAUCCACUGGAUCAGUCCGGUACUUGCUCUGAUCCCCUUCAACUGGGGAAACCUCUGCAUAUUCGCCACUAGCAUUACUUAUAUGAUCGAUUGCUACGGUGCACGAUACGGCGCCUCAGCGCUAUCAGCAAAUGCCUUUACACGCUAUGUAUUUGCUGCUGCUUUUCCGCUCUUUAUCAUACAAAUGUACAAUAAAAUGACGACAAAAUGGGCCGCUAGUCUGCUCGGUUUCAUCGCCAUUGGUCUGAUUCCCAUUCCUUGGAUCCUCUUUGUGUUUGGUGAGAAAAUCAGAAAAAAAGGCCGUUAUGCUCUUUGA